CUACAUUUUGUUUGAGAGAAAGAGAGAAUCAGAGGCCAUUCUUCCAAAGGAUUAAACCACAUUGCCUUCUAAAGUAUAAAAUCUCAACUCGUUAAUAUUCCUUAGGAAUUGGGUUUGGAUGCCCAAUUCCAACACCAAAAGGUUUGAACUUUGGGUGCCUCUGAAUCUCUCAAACGUGGGACUCACAAUCUAAGUUGUAAGUUCAUUUGGUCCUUGUAAAACAACAGAGUUUCCGCGGUUUGUGUUGGUGGGGGUUCAAAAUGUUGGGGGAUUUCAUUAAUCGAAUCCUUAUUCUCAUUCUGGGGUAUGCAUACCCUGGAUUCGAAUGCUAUAAAACAGUGGAGAAAAAUAGGGUUGAUAUUGAGGAACUUCGCUUCUGGUGUAAAUACUGGAUCAUUGUGGCACUUUUCACUGUACUAGAAAAGUUUGCAGAUAUAUUUGUUGGAUGGCUGCCAAUGUACGGAGAGAUGAAGCUGGUGCUCUUUGUCUACUUGUGGUAUCCCAAAACUAAAGGGACGGGAUAUGUUUACCAGACUCUGUUGAGGCCUUACAUAUCAAAGCAUGAAAAUGACAUUGACAGAACAUUAAUGGAGUGGAAGGCUAGAGGAUGGGAUUAUGUCAUAUUUUACUGGCAAUAUUGUGCCAAAUUUGGACAAACUGCAUUUGUUCAGGCUCUUCAGCACUUGGCUUCUCAAUCUUCUAGAUUUUCUGCCAACCCUACUACACAGAAAAAUGACAUGCAAGGUCAAAGUGCUCCACCACAAGCGACUCCAACCCAGGCCCAAACCUCCUUCAUGAAGCAAAGCAGCACCCUAAGCAAGAGCAAGAAGUGGCCUCCAAGCCCCCCCAGCACCACAGAAACCGUGGAGGUUCACCAUGUUUCCCAAACCGAAUCCGUGGAUGAGGAAGAGGAUGAGCCAUGCGAGCCCGAACCCGUCACAAUCAUCGACGGCCAAGACCAGAGUGUUAGCGUCAAAGACAGAAUCAAUCGGGCACGCGCCAGGCUCAGGCGGUUAGAUUCACAACAACAACAAAGUCCUUCUACUCCUCGAACCCCGCCGCCGCCACGUCGACAACAAUUGUGAGAAACGACAAUUGUACAUAGUCACCUCAAACUCAAACAAACCAAUCCCUGUUAAAAAAAAAUAACAGUGGAAUUGAAAUUGAAAAAAAUUGGACUCUGCUUUCUCUUCCAAAGAUUGUCAUUCAUUGAUUUGUGUACACCUUUUCCAAGUAAUAAUAAUAAUAUUUACAUUUGGAAUUUGCAA